AGUUUUUCCUCCCGAUGUCGCUUUCCCCCGGUGCCACACCUUCAAGGUGGGGCACGUCUGCGACUCUACCGGAGUUUUCAGCUGGGACGUACUACCUCCGCGCAUUAGUUAUAGGAGGUCAUAUAUCGGAGAUCGUAGAGACGUCCUCGAAGCCGUGAAACUGCUGCCGUCGCUCAGAAACCUCACAAUUGGUUCUUACAACAGUUUCGGCCCCGAAUUUCCCAGUGUAAACGACAUCUUGCAAGCCCUCGCACCGCUUCAAGCACUUGAAACACUCAGAUUGGUCUGUUCAAAUCGAGAGAGCAAUCCACAAGAGAUUCCCACACAAGUCUCGCUCCCCAGGCUACGUAGCCUGGUCUUAACCGGAGCACUCCGCUGGUGUAUCGCACUGCUCGCACACUUGACGAUUCCGACAACUACAAGUGUUAGGGUCAUCGAAGUGUCCUUCAACCAUUCGGCAGCAGAAGAUCUUCUCCCUGUACUCCCGAAGAUUAUCGGCACCGAAAACGAUAAUUAUCCACCCAUCUUGAGCAUUGCGAUGCACGGCAAGAUCGAUGUAUUUCCAAACAUGAUCGUCUCCGGAUGGAAGCACCUGGAGUCCGUCCUGGAUCACUGUCCACUUCCUGACUUCUCCCUUGCGCUUUCCCGUCGCGAUGUAGCGUUCGACCGCAUGCUCGAGCACCUACCGCUCGGGAACGCACGCUCGCUUUUCGUGCACGACAGCGCGAUCAACUCGGCUUCUGCGUGGUCUGCACGCUUCCGGCGCCAUUUCAACAACGUCGAAGAGUUGCGAAUAGGCGGCCGCUGUGAUCUGUGCGUGGUUCGCAAGAUGUUACGCGGGGAAGACACCCUGCCGCGGCUGCGCACGCUGCAGCUUGACGACGUCGAACGCUUGCACUGCCCGAGACCCGUGCUGACCCGUGGCUGCAAGCACGCGGACUGCUUCCACUUCCUGGAGCACAUCUUGCAGAAGCGUUCCGCGUCAGGGCGACGCAUCCUACGACUGGUCUUGAAGACGAAAACACCUCUUGCGCCUCUGCACCUGGCGGCUUUCUCAGCGGUCGUCGGUGAAGUCGUCCAACGCCAGGUACCUGUUGCCGAUGGAGCCGUGCUUGUGCUGCCGCCAUCGGACGAUGACCUGGGGGAGGGCAACGAGCUGUACAGCUCUGAUUCUACGGGGCUCGACUCUGGGGAGGAGUGAAGAUACGAACAUGGGCGGGGAGUGAAUGAGGUAGUGCUCUUUGCACAUUUUUUCUACUUAACCCUUAUUUUUAUCUUGUCGCAUAAAGCCGACUUCCUUCGUUCUAAUUUCUAAUCGAUACAGAAAAUGUUAUAUAAGCAUCUGACAACAGAAGG